CCUAAACGAGAAAAGGGAGAAAGAUAUUUCUAGGGUUCUUGGCCGAUUUGCGGCCAUGUCGUGGUGCACGAUUGAAUCCGACCCAGGCGUUUUCACGGAGCUCAUCCAGCAAAUGCAAGUCAAGGGCGUCCAGGUGGAGGAGCUCUACAGCUUGGAUUUGGAAUCGCUCUCGUUGCUCCGGCCUGUCUAUGGACUAAUCUUUCUCUUCAAAUGGAGGCCUGGGGAGAAAGAUACUCGGCCCACUGUGAAGGACAACAAAUCGAUUUUUUUCGCGAGCCAGGUUAUAAACAACGCUUGCGCUACUCAAGCAAUACUUUCGAUCCUGAUGAACAGAGUGGAGAUCGAUAUUGGUCCCGAGCUUUCGAUGAUGCGAGAGUUCGCCAAGGAUUUCCCUCCGGAGCUCAAGGGCCUGACCAUCAACAACAGCGAGGCCAUUCGCACUGCUCACAACAGCUUUGCGAGGCCGGAGCCUUUUGUUCCCGACGAGCAAAAGUUUGCGGACAAAGACGACGACGUCUAUCACUUCAUCAGCUAUCUCCCGGUGGACGGUGUUUUGUACGAGCUGGACGGACUCAAGGAAGGGCCGAUCAGUCUGGGCGAGUGUGGCAGUGGAGACGCUGAUAGCAUGGAGUGGCUCAAGAUGGUCCAGCCAGUGAUCCAAGAGAGGAUCGAGAAGUACUCCAAGAGCGAGAUCCGCUUCAACCUCAUGGCCGUGAUCAAGAACAGGAAGGAUCUCUACAACCAGCAGCUGGCGGAGCUCGACAAGCGGAAAACCGAGAUAAGUGGCGACGACGGCAUGGACGUCGACUCCAAGAGCGGCAGCGGCAACGAGGAGCUGGCACAGAUCGACGCGGAGAUCGCUCGACUGACCGAGAAGAUCACUCAAGAGGAUGAAAAGUUCAAGAAGUGGAAGACUGAGAACAUCCGGAGGAAGCACAACUACAUCCCCUUCCUCUUCAACUUCCUCAAGAUCCUGGCAGAGAAGAAGCAGCUCAAGCCGCUGAUUGAAAAGGCCAGGCAGAAGACAUAGACAAGAAAAGCUCGAAACCUCAGACGACGAACGCUGGUAACAAAUUUUUCUCUUUUCUAACUCUCAGUAGAAGACGUUUCCCAGUG